AUGGAAGAGCCACAGAGUUUGGAUUGUAACUCGAUUGUGAACUACAAACUAGACUUCGAUGUAUCACAACUUGACACGCAAAGCUUUCACGCAGAUAAGUCAGACUAUUCAAAGAUUCUCGAAGACGAAAUGAACAACAAUAAUGGUACUGAGAAAACUCCAUUUCAGGAUUUAACUUCGGAUUGGUUGAACGACUUUACUUCGGUUGGAAACGGCGAACGGUUUGGGUGCAUCGAUGUCGAUAUAAAUGAAAUGGUAAUUGGUGCAAGCGAAGGGUUCCCUGAUAAAACCGACAGCGAAGAUUUUGCUAACGGACUCAGCAUUUCGCAUUUGAACAACUGGAUAGUUGACACUCCGCUUGACAAAUUACUCGAGAAUCCUACUGGCUUCACCGGCAGGGAAGCAGCCGAUACGAAUAACGGUCAAAUUAUCGGCGAAGACUUCGUCCUUUCGAACCUUGACCACCUCAUGAAUGAGACUAAUAAAAUAAGCCCUAAAAGACGAAAAGCAACUGAGACUUUGACAAACAGUGACGAGAUAGAUAGUUUUAUGGAAGCAUUUGAUGAAACAGAACAAGAUAUUCUAGAUCGACCUGUCGAAUUAUUGAACUUCGGAAUGAGGAAGCCCACGCAGUCUGACUUAGUCGGAUUGGGAGGGGAACUGAAAAACAUGGAAUGUAUCCAACCAGAUCCAAAACUUAAAAGAACAAAACUGAGUGACACGAUGGGCGCUGCCGAAUUCAUUACCACGAAUUUGGCUUCCAGCAAAACGAGGAUGCAAUUGUCCAGCGAGGCAGGACGCGGUAGAAAUCGGAAUGCGAAAACAAGAAAUCGUCGAAGCGAAACACGAUUUCCAACAGACUUUGAGGAUUUGAGUCCAGUCUCGAGCCCCGAAGCCGAAGUACCAUCGUCACCUCCGAUCAAUACCAACGAAUAUAUCGCUGAUUAUGAGUUAAUGACUCUUGAUACAAAGGAACUUAAUAGACGGGUCAAAUAUCUACCCAAAACAGUCGUCCAGGAUAUCAAACAUCGAAGGAGAACUUUAAAAAAUCGUGGGUACGCUCGGUCGUGUCGUGAGAAGAAGAUUGACGAGACCAGCAGCUUACAGAAGAGCAAUACAGAUUUAGAAAACGAACUUGCCUGUAUAAGUUUGGAGUUGAAUGUUGUGAAGAUGCAAUGUAACGAAUGGAAGCGUAAAUAUGAACAAUUAGCUUCAGCCUGUGUAAAGCGGGUACGAGGCAUUAAGCAUUAA